UUCACUCUCUCUGUGAUUUUGACACUUUUUAAUCUUUUCCCAAUUGCAUUGCAUGACCCUUUCUUCUCUCUAUCAUUUGAUUUCAUUCGAUUUCACCCUCGUCCCCACCCAAUAGGAAAAAGUUUUUAUUUUUAAAUUUUUAUUUUAUUUGGGUAUUGAGUUUUUUUUCUUUCUUUUUUUCUCAUCAAACAAACAAACUGGUUUUGAAGAAAAUGAGGUGGGAAAAGGUUGAGGUGAAGGCGAUAGCAAAAGAGGGUGAAGGAGAAUCUGGGCCAGGGAAAAGGUGGGGUCACACCUGUAACUCCAUUAAUGGUGGCAAAUUUAUCUAUGUCUUUGGUGGUUAUGGCAAAGAUAAUUGUCAAACCAAUCAAGUUCAUGUUUUUGAUACUGUGAACCAAACUUGGAGCCAACCUGAAAUAAAAGGAUCCCCACCUACUCCUAGGGACAGUCACACUUGCAGUGUCAUUGAUGAAAAACUCUAUGUGUUUGGGGGUACUGAUGGGAUGAAUCCACUCAAGGACUUGCACAUAUUAGACACUUCUUUGCAAACAUGGGAAUCUCCAAUUAUAAGAGGAGAAGGGCCAGAGGCUCGAGAGGGUCACAGCGCAGCGGUUGUUGGCAAACGGCUCUUUAUCUUUGGUGGUUGUGGAAAAUCUGCUGAUAAUAACAAUGAAGUCUACUACAAUGAUCUUUACAUACUGAAUACAGAAACGCUUGUUUGGAUGCGCGCUACGACAUCAGGCACGCCACCAUCUCCCCGUGAUAGCCACACUUGCUCAUCGUGGAAGAACAGAAUUAUUGUGAUAGGGGGUGAAGACGGGCAUGAUUAUUAUUUGUCUGAUGUCCAUAUCCUUGACACUGAUACUCUAAUGUGGAGGGAGCUGAGUACAUCAGGCCAAUUGUUGCCACCUCGAGCUGGUCAUUCCACAGUUUCUUUUGGCAAAACCUUGUUUGUAUUUGGUGGAUUCACAGAUGCUCAAAAUCUAUACAAUGACCUUUAUAUGCUUGAUAUUGAUACUGGUGUUUGGACGAAUGUUACAACUACAACCAAUUGCCCUUCUGCUAGAUUUUCUGUAGCUGGUGACUGUUUAGACCCAUUUAAGGGUGGUGUUCUUGUGUUUAUCGGCGGUUGUAAUAAAAGUCUUGAAGCCCUGGAUGAUAUGUAUUACCUACAUACAGGUUUUGCUAGGGAAAGUGGACAAAGACCAGAUAAGUUAUCUAUGAAGAAGAAAUUGAAGCUGAAAUGCCAAGAACAAAAUCCCAAUCCUGGCCAAAAUCCAGUUAUGGUUGGAUAUGGAAUGGGGGCUACUGGCAUUGGCCCGGUCAUGACUGUGUUGAAUUAUAGCCAGCCAAAUAGACCAAAUAUCUCAGCAAAUCAAUCACUGCCACUUCACGGAAAGAAAAUGUUUGAAGCCAAGGUUACUGAAAACAUCUCAGAAGGAUAUACCAUUGAAACUGUCAUUGAUGGAAAGCCUCUUCGUGGAAUUCUCUUUUUAAACAAACAACACUCUCUUCAGCCGGCUGCUCAUGUUUUCAAUAGUUAUCAAAGCAGGAAAAGGACUGCUGGUGAAGUUGAUGGUGUCAUCACAAAUGGUACACAUUCUGACAAUUUAAAGACUCCUAAAGUGCUUAAGCAAAAUCAAAUGGAAAAUAGAGAAGCAGUUCAUGGAGACAGUUCAGAAUCUCAAAAACACUGUUCUGAAGCUGUCGUUGCAGUUGCAGCAAGCAAUCCAAUAACUGCCAAUGCUUCUGAUACCCAUAAGGUUUCUGCCAACCCAGAACCAGAAGCUGCUUCUGUGAAUCCAAAUGCUGAAAAAAAUGAAACACCAACAUUGGGGGUAAACUUGAAAAAUGAUGGAGCAAAUGAAGUGACAAGUUCCAGAGGUGAUGCUCAAACAAAUGAUCAAGCAAAUGUGCUGCCGAUUUCCAACAUAGAAGCUCAAACAAAUGAUCAAACAAAUGUGCCGCCGAUUUCCAACUUAGAAGCUCAAACAAAUGAUCAAACAAAUGUGCCGCCGAUUUCCAACUUAGAAGCUCCAAGACUUGAUAAAAAUAGUGAUACACCAAACUGCAACACGGAAUUUCUGAAACCUGCCACAGCUGAGAGUGUGAAUUUGUCAUUUCAAGGUGCAGUGGUGGAUUCCACAAUUCCAAGGACAGGAGAAUGCAGUGAACCAGCAAAAGAAAUUUGAGCUGAGUUGAAAACGAAGACCUUUGUUUGGCAUUUGUACAUACCUCAUCUUCUGAAGGUGAUCAUAGAGAGGUCAAUCAAUAUAACUGGUGGUAUUGGUAUAGACUAACAUCGUCAACUGGUGGAAUACGCCAUUGUAAUCUGCUUGUUGACGCACCCUUUGAUCUGAAUUUUUUAUUAUUGAACAAAACCAUGAUUACCUUAGGUGUAGGUAGUGAUGAUAAAAGUAGUUUUUAGUUUGAAACCAUUGAGUUCUCUAUUUAUUAUUUCCAAUUCUGCUCUCUUCAUUCAUUGCUAGGAAAGAAAUUUUUGUUAGAAGCCUUACUUUGAUUAUUUUUUAUCAGGUCAUAGAAUGAAACCUUAUUUUAAUACC